AUGACAUACACCUACUGCGAAGUCCCCGUGCGAAACAAGACCCCCAUCUUCAUCAACGUCACAAUCGUCCUCGGCGUGAUAUCCGGCGUCGCAACCGCCCUGCGUCUCUGGUCCAAAUUCUUCUACACCAAGACCGAGCUCGGCCUCGACGACCUCUUCAUCGUGCUCACGCUCUUCAUCGGCAUGCCCUCCACCGCCAUGAACAUCCACGGAACCGCCGGCCACGGGGAGGGCCGCGAUAUCUGGACGCUAGAGUUUGAUGACAUCACAAAGUUUGGGUUCUACUUUUGGUUGCUCGAGAUAUUCUACUUUGCGCAGGUUUCGCUGCUCAAGACGUCGUUGUUGUUCUUUUACCUGAGGAUCUUUCCGGGGAAUGCGCAGAAGUUGCUCUGGGGGACUAUUAUUUUCAAUAGUGUGUUUGGUGUAUUGUUUAUGUUUUUGGCGGCGUUUCAGUGUACGCCUGUGAGCUACUUUUGGUUGAAUUGGGAUGGAGAGCACAAGGGGACUUGUAUGAACUCAACUGCCAUCGGCUGGGCCAAUGCAUCUAUCAGUGUCGCUGUGGAUGUAUGGAUGCUUGCAGUUCCAAUGUGGUACCUUCGAAAACUCAAACUGCAUUGGAAAAAGAAGAUUGGUGUCGCUGCCAUGUUUAUCGUGGGAACUUUUGUCACCGUCGUGAGCAUCAUUCGUCUCCAGUUCCUCGUCGAUCUCGGUUCAUCUCACAACCCAACGUACGACCAAACCGACAUCUCAAUCUGGUCAACAGUUGAAAUCAACGUCGGCAUCAUCUGCGCAUCCAUGCCCGCUCUUCGAGUCAUUCUCGUCCGUCUGUUCCCCUCUCUUGGAGGCUCAUCCUACGAUUCGAGCAAGUACAACAACUAUGGAGAACAUUAUGGACGGAAAUCGCAUAUCAUGAGUCGAAGUCGUGCUCGGGUAGAGUUACCGUCUCAUACAGGUGAUUCUAUACACACACCCGAGCAUGGAGGUAUUGAGUUGCAGAGGACGUUCCAUGUGCAGUACAGUGAGAAUGAUGAGCAGAGUCUUGUUAAUGGGGAGAACUCAAGUUACGACUCAGAUGAGGUCUGA